GGUAAAUAACAAUGCAAACAGAUUGUACAACUGACGAGGAAGACUGCCAGGUCGAUGCUUCUUUGGCUAUCGCUGAAAAUGAACCAAAAGCAGAUGCGGGGUUUUUGUUCAAAGUGAGCAAAUCCACACAUCGUCUGUCAUCGAUGAAUAAGGAUGUUCUGCCACUGAAAGCGGGCGACAUCGUAGUUUUACUUUCUGCGCGUGGAGAUGGCGGAUGGUGGUAUGGAGAGAAGAUGGAUGAAUCGGAUAAGCGGAAGGGGUUAUUCCAUCCUUCUAAUGUGAUGCAGCUGGUAUCGUCCAACCCAGAUGUAUCUGAUUUCGAAAUUCCAUCUGAAUCACUCAGUUUCGACAGUUCAGGAAGCUUUAUUGGGAGAGGCGGCUUCGGACAAGUCUACGCGGGCUACCUAGGCAAUGAAAAAGUUGCAGUAAAAAUACCGAGUCCCAAUUUGACACAGAGCUACAACGAGAAAAGCUUAGAAAAGAAGCUGAAAAAAGAGGCAUACAUUCAACAUCAUCUCAGUCAUGAGAACAUAGUAAAGUUGUUGAAGAUCUCGCUAGACAAUCCCGAGAAAAGGUGCCUGGUUUUAGAGUUCUGUGCUGGGGGACCUCUAACUCCAGUUAUUUACCAUAAAGCUAUACCUCCUAAUGUUUUGAUUGAGUGGGCUUUGCGAAUAGCCAGAGGCAUGCAGUAUCUGCACCACAAAGCACCGAUUCCCAUUUUGCACAAGGACUUGAAAAGUGGAAAUAUUCUGUUCUCUCAGCCAGUAGAUGUGGACGGAGUGUUCAACAAAUUCAAGGGGCGAUAA